AGCUCCUUUUCCCCGCCUCUCCUCUCCCUUUCUGGAGGUUGUUCCCUCCCAGGCGGUGCUCCCUCCUCCUCCUGCUGCCCAUCCCCACCGGAGGAUGCCGGUGCCCCCGUGGCAGCGGCUCCGCCAGGCGCCUCGGCACCUGCUGGUCUGCGAGAGGGGCCACGUGCGGCACGAGCGCUCCCGCCACGCGGCACACGUGCGGGACCACGCGUACAACUGCGGCGUAUCUUUUUUGAUCCCUGAAUGUGGCAUACUUCCCGAAGUACUUAAAAGUACCAUUGCAGAUCUUGGGGAGUAUUACCUGGUGAAGAAUUUAUCGGUUCAUGAAUUUGUCGCUCAUGAAUUCAUCGAUGCUUUUGUAAAGAAAGGAUCGUGCUACGCGCUAACCUAUAAUACAAAAAUCGAUCAAGAUAAUACUGCAGCUGUAUUGCCAAAUGGAAAACUAAUUCUAUCAGUGGAUAAAGAUACUUAUGAAGAACUUGGAUUGCAAGGUCGCCCUUCUCGGUAUUCUGGCAAAAAAGUAAUGAGAUAUAUAAUAACUAUUGACUUGGCUGAUUCCAGCUUUCACCCUGAUAGCAAGAAACAUAACAGAGUGCUUUGGGCCUUGAAAGAAAAGAAACCUUUAGAAUUUGACUUUCUGAUGGCUUGGCACAGUGCAGGUGCAGAGGGAUCAACACUGAUGUCAUACUUUUCAAAAAACCAAAUACGGGCCCUAAAGCCAAAAAUAACAUUCAGCACACUAAGGGACUUGCAAUGUCCGGUGUUGCAAAGUAACGAACUCCAAGGACAGCCAGAGGAGUCCUGCGGUACAGAGGAACUGUUUGAAUGGCUGGGUGCUGUCUUGAAUCAAGUUAGCUUAGACAACAAAUCAUCCAGCUUCUUAUCAACCUAUUGCUGUCCUCAGCCCAGCGUAGUGGUGGAAAAAGCUUUUUUGUGCACAAUUACAGGCUUCAUAAUUCCUGAGAAGAUAAUUCAAUUAUUGGAGCAGCUAUGUUGCUAUUUUGGUGAACCAAAACUGGCAUAUUGGCUGACCCUAACUGUGCAUGGUUUUGCAGACAGUCCUGUUUCCUGGAGAGAAAGUGAACAUGGUUUCCACAAGGGAGGAGAGAACUUGUACAACUUUGUCAUUUUUAGAAAUCUGGACUACUGGCUCCAGAUGGCUGUAGGAACUAAUGAUGACUGUCCUCCAUAAAGCUCUGUCUACAAAAGUCUUCUAAUAAUCCCAUGUUGAUGUAUAAGAAUCUAAAAAGAUAACUUUUAUAAAAGUAAUAACGUAACAAGUUAAGUACUAAAAGGCUGUAUAUGUUUUUCUAUUUUUUAUAACCCUUAAGGGAUGAUCUCCAAUAAAAGGAAUGGAUUUUUGUUCCUUCACUGUCACACACUGUCUUCUGGAAGCCUUCACAACUUUAGCUUUAAGGAAAAGAUGUGUUUCUGAGAGUUUAAAUUCUCAGGAAUUCUCUGUAGGUGGUUUCCUUUUAUCCAGAAGUAAUUUUGGAAUUGAAAAGUAAAUUUUACGUAUUGGCAUAUAAAAUAUUUGGGAGGGAAUCUCAUCUUCGGAUUAAAUGUUUUCUUUCUUUACAUUAAAUAUAUGUAAACUUUCAAAUUCGUGUUUAAGACAUUUCAGCCUACAUGCUCGUCACUAAAAAACCCUAAGAUGAGUUCUCCAUAAUUUGGUAGGGAGGUGGAGAAAAAAGAUGGAGAAGGAGGUAUAUGACAGUGAGAGGAGCACCCAUUAAACAGAAAUAGUGAGCGCUUACUGACCUGCUUUUUGGACUUUGCAGAUCACAGUUGGUUAUCUUAAAGAAGUUGCAUCACUGUUAAAAACCAAAA